AUGAAGUUCACAGCCGCCGUCCUCCUCGCCCUCGCCAGCCAGCUUCCCAACGCCCUCGCCGGCAUCGUCCCCAGUGCCGCCGAAGAAUGCGGCUCCCUCGGCGUCAUGUCCUACACGGCCUCGUCCCUCGACGGCGUCGACCCGGCCAACAUUCGCAAGUGCAGAGAGCACCCCCUGAGCCUCAAGGACGGCUCGUCCCCGAACCUGCAGGCCCGCGAUUGCUGGUUCGGCGACGCGUACGGCUGCAGCAAGGGCUACUGCUGGCAGUCGUGCGACAGGAAAAAGGGCACCUGGUGCUGGACGGCCUGGAACGACGGGCACGGGAACUGGAGGACUUGCUCUGGCAAGGAGCAGUGCGCGCCGGCGGCCCAGUCUGCCUGUGGCAAGGAUUGCAAGGACCCCAAGGAGUGUGGUUGCAGUUGUCACUGA